AUGGCGGCUGAAGAGGCGGAUGUGGAUAUCGAAGGGGACGUAGUGCCAGCGGCGGCACAGUCUGGAAGUGAUGAAAAUACAGCAUCUGUUUUACAAGAUCAUUAUCUUGAUUCAUCAUGGAGAACUGAGAAUGGUCUUAUUCCUUGGACUCUGGAUAGCACCAUCAGUGAAGAGAACAGAGCUGUCAUUGAGAAAAUGUUGUUGGAAGAAGAAUAUUACUUAUCCAAUAAGUCACUUCCAGGAAAAUUCUGGCUUGAUCAAAAGGAAGAUGAUAAAAAAUACUUGAAGAGGGUACACUCUCCUACAAAACCAGCCAGUUACUCAGUAAAGUGGACGAUAGAAGAAAAAGAGCUGUUUGAACAAGGGCUGGCUAAAUUUGGCCGAAGGUGGACCAAAAUUGCAAAGCUAAUUGGAAGUCGCACUGUUUUACAAGUGAAGAGUUAUGCCAGACAGUACUUUAAAAAUAAGGUAAAAUUAGAUGGUCCAGAAAAGGAAACACCAAAUCAGAAGAAUAGCAGUGGCUUCCAGAUGAAAAAUGAAGAUGAAGGCACAAAGGCGUGGACACCAUCAGAUUUAAGGGGACGUGCUGAUCCCAACUUGAAUGCUGUAAAAAUUGAAAAGUUAUCCGAUGAUGAAGAAGUAGACAUCACAGAUGAGACUGAUGAGUUGACUUCACAAGGUCCCCAAAAGGAUCUUAGCAGUGAUCUCUUGUUAGACAUCUUUAAUAAUAAAAGAUCUGAAACCAGUAAAGGACUGGUUUCUGACAGCCAAGAAGAUCCCAUUUCUAAAUCUUCCAAGGAGUAUCUUCAGAAUAUAAAGCAAGGUGAGAUGGAAACACUUUCAAGCUCAGGAAUUAGACUUUGGGCUGAAAAUUACACCACCAGUGACCAAAAAUUAGCUGAAUUAAAUGAUGAGAAAUGUGAUAAGUUGAUGAAGAACUGUGAUAAACAUGAUGGGAAUGGAAUACUAGAUGAUGCCAGACAGUUGCCUUCUCCAGAGCCUUGUGAAAUUCAGAAAGACUUGAGUGAUAAUGAAUUGCUUUUUCAUUCUUCCUGCCAAAUGGAGGAGGAGAGCCAAGAGGAAGAAGAGCUUAAGCCACCAGAACAAGAAAUAGAAGUUGAUAGAAAUAUCAUUCAAGAAGAAGAAAAACAAGCAAUUCCUGAGUUUUUUGAUGGGCGCCAAGCUAAAACACCAGAACGCUAUUUGAAAAUUAGGAAUUAUAUUUUGGAUCAGUGGGAGAUAUGCAAACCGAAAUACUUAAAUAAGACCUCAGUACGUCCUGGCCUGAAGAACUGUGGGGAUGUUAAUUGUAUUGGACGGAUUCAUACAUACCUCGAGUUGAUAGGAGCAAUCAAUUUUGGAUGUGAACAGGCUGUAUAUAACAGGCCACAACCAGUUGACAAAGUACGAAUCAGAGACAGAAAAGACACUGUAGAAGCAUACCAACUUGCCCAGCGUCUGCAGUCUAUGCGCACAAGGAGACGCAGAGUCCGAGACCCUUGGGGAAAUUGGUGUGAUGCAAAAGACUUGGAAGGACAGACGUUUGAGCAUCUCUCUGCUGAGGAGUUGGCAAGAAGAAGAGAAGAGGAAAAAUGCAAGCCUGGUAAACCUUCAAAAGUACCAAGACCAACAAAAAGCUCAUUUGAUCCCUUCCAACUGAUACCUUGUCAUUUUUUCAGUGAAGAAAAGCAGGAGCCAUUUCAGGUGAAAGUAGCUUCAGAAGCACUUUUAAUAAUGGAUUUGCAUGCUCAUGUUUCUAUGGCCGAAGUGAUUGGUCUGUUAGGAGGAAGAUAUUCAGAAGCUGAUAAAAUAGUUGAGGUCUGUGCAGCAGAACCAUGUAACAGCCUGAGUACAGGACUGCAGUGUGAGAUGGAUCCUGUCUCACAAACACAAGCCUCGGAAACCUUGGCUGUCAGGGGCUAUAGUGUUAUCGGAUGGUAUCAUUCUCACCCUGCCUUUGACCCUAAUCCUUCCUUACGAGAUAUUGACACUCAAGCCAAAUACCAGAGUUACUUCUCCAGAGGCGGUGCAAAGUUCAUUGGGAUGAUUGUUAGUCCUUAUAAUCGAAAUAAUCCUUUACCUUAUUCUCAGAUUACCUGCCUGGUUAUAAGUGAUGAAAUUAGCCCAGAUGGCUCUUAUCGUUUACCUUAUAAAUUUGAAGUACAACAGAUGUUAGAAGAACCUCGGUGGGAGUUAGUGUUUGAAAAGACAAGAUGGAUAAUAGAAAAAUACAGGCUAUCCCGGAGCAGUGUCCCCAUGGAUAAAAUCUUUCGCCGGGAUUCUGACCUGACUUGUUUGCAGAAACUUUUGGAGUGUCUGAGGAAAACUCUGAGCAAAGUGACUAAUUGCUUCAUUGCUGAAGAAUUCUUGACUCGAAUAGAAAAUUUAUUCCUUUCCAGUUACCAAAGCAAGCCAGAGAAUGGAGUGGCUGAAGAGAACUGUACUGUGGGGCAAAAGGAAUUGUUAAUGUAA